AUGUAUUAUUCUUCACAGUUGGAUGCGGAAGAUGAUGAUGAUGAUUAUGAUGAUGAUGACAACGAGGAGAAUUUUGCUGAGACAAGAUUUGAGGAAGAAGACGAAGCCUGUAAUUACUGGCAGUUUAAAGAUUACAAUUUUGCUGCUCAAAAAAGUAUCCGAAAUGGACAUAAAGAUCAUGAGCAUAGAGAUGAUGAUGAAGGAUCUGCAAAUCCUUGGCGAAAAACUGGCGGCCUUCGUCUAACUAGGAACGAGUACCAUCGAUUCUGUGAUGCUCAAUUAGAAUCUUACGAUUUGGCGACACAGUGUCCUUCCCGAAGGGCAUCCGCGAGAAGACACGCUGCAAAAUGUACUAUACCGUUAACAUUAUUCACGGGAACAACAUCCUUGCCACAAUCGAGACCGCAGAGUCGGCAGCAUGCCGGCCUUACGGAGGAUUUAACAUUGAGCCAAGGUCCAAGUCCCAACAUUAGCCUGAAUCCCAGCCCGAAUUAUAGUCCGCAACCACGAGCACCGAGGCAACCGCGACGGGCACACACAAUUACACAUGAGAGUAAGAGCGGCAAAGUUCCUGGUGAUGAGUGGGAAGACGAUAUUGAUAAGAAGACGACACUUGGAGAUAUGCUCUUGGACGAAAGGCUAUCAUUAACAUUGGAUGAGAUUGUGCAUAUUCGUAGUGUGCUUACAAAAGCUGAGUUAGAGUCCCUUCCUGUAGAAGGACGUGUAAAAGAGGACGUGGAGAAAAGACGCGUUUGUUUUCUUUGUCUGAAAACGCGUUUUGGUCUACUAGGCCCUUGGGGCCAACGUUGUCGCUUAUGCAAGAGGACCGUCUGUGUGAAAUGUUACUCAAAAAUGCGGAUACCAACGGAGCAAUUUGCCCGAGUGCCGGUUGUGUUACUCUCUCCCGGAUUGUUACUUUCGCCCACGGAAACAGAGAAUGGUGGCAGCAAGAAUUCUUGGCUGAGAAACACAGGAGCGGUUGGUUCGGCGCCGGCGUCUCCCGCGUCUAGACGAAAAGAUUCUGCGUUACGUAGCAGCACACCUGCCUCGACUCCGACAAUGACACCUAUUACUGCAUUAACACCCACGUCGACACCACCUUCUCACGCGCGUCGAGAGAUGGAAGUUCAAGGAUUAGAGAAGAGGUCAGGACAAUAACAUAUUCGCAUGAUAAUCAACAUAAAACGCUUUUGAGUUUGACAUAAGAAGUGCAAAAUGUAAUACUGAAAAUUUAUAGUUCACAUUACAUGUGCUAUAAAUUUUUAAUGCUAUCAGCAUGUUUCAAAACAUAUCAUCAAGCAAGCAUUUAACAUAGAGAAUAAAUUAUGUUACGAGGAUAGGUAA